AACCAGUAAUGAGCCCUGGUACCGGUAUAAAAAUAUUCAUACUGAUUCCUUUCACGAAGAAAAUUCUUAUUAAAACAAAAUCUACAUAAAACAUGAAGCUGGAACUGGUGUCGACCACAAAAUGCUUCGAGGGCGAGCAACGUGUCUAUAAACAUCACUCUAACAUAUUGGAUUGCGAUAUGACCUUUGGCGUCUUCUUGCCACCUGCGGCAGUUGAAGAUAAAACCCAAUGCCCGGUGUUAUACUUUUUGAGCGGCUUGACCUGCACGCACGAGAACUUUGUACAGAAGAGUGGAUUCCAAGGGACUGCAGCUAAGCAGGGCCUUAUAGUGGUUAAUCCUGACACUUCGCCACGUGGAGUAGACCUGCCCGGCCAGGAUGAUGCUUAUGACUUUGGCAGUGGCGCCGGCUUUUAUGUAGACGCUACUGAAGCACCCUGGUCAAAACACUACAAAAUGUACAGUUAUGUUACGCAGGAGUUGCCUGAAGUAGUCAACGAGAAUUUCCCGACGUUGCCUGGCAAAAAGGGCAUUUUUGGUCACAGCAUGGGCGGACAUGGCGCAUUGAUUUGUGCCUUGAAAAAUCCCGGUCUGUACCAAUCAGUCUCUGCAUUUGCACCAAUUUCGAACCCAUCGGAAUGCCCAUGGGGCCAGAAGGCAUUUACCGGUUACUUGGGUCCAAACACAGAGAACUGGCAGCUGUGGGAUGCCACCAGCCUAGUCUCAAAGUAUGUCAGCACACCGCAGGAACUAUUCAUAGAUCAAGGAUCAGCUGAUAACUUUCUUAUUGGCAAACAACUGCUGCCAGAAAAACUGCUUGCUGCAGCUGCCACCAACGACCACAUCCAAACCAUAUUCAAGCAACGCGAGGGAUAUGACCACAGCUACUUCUAUAUAGCAACCUUUGUAGCCGAGCAUAUUGAAUACCAUGCCAAGUUGUUAAAGGCAUAAGGGAAAACUAAGAUGUUCGAGUUUUGUUUGUAAAAGUUAUGUUGACGAAUAAACUCUGUAUAUACAACUGCA